CUUCUGAAGUUUUCAUCCUUUUUUAAAACUGUGAGCUCCCUCUAGUGAUGCAUUAUUUGUUCGUUUUGUCCCGCGACAUUCGCGUAUCGUAAUAUCUUCGCUAGGUGUUUUUUUUGGCUCCAGCGAGAGACCGUAGGUCCAAGCACUGUGUGUUUUCCUUUUGGUUUAUCUUCAAGCUUGCUAGCUAAGUGAUUCCAAAUAGCUUCAUAAUCUUGACUGGAGUUAUUUUUAGCUGGCGAUUAAAGUGUCGUUGGAGGGUAUUCGCUGUGUCCCUGUACCUAGAAAGUGUGUAAAUCCACUGACCAGAGGCGGGACCUAGCUAGGUCUGGAUUAGCCGCUCUUCGAGACCGCUGGAUGCUACAUUCCUAAAUCUCUCUCUACACAUUGGGCGUCAUUAGCAAUUUAGCCCGCUACCUAGCGAACACAAAUUGCACACAAUCGCUAGGUUUUUACAACAUGUCAUAUCGGAGGACAAUCAAACUCGUGUGUGGAUUCGCUGGCGGAUCAGCGGUGCUGGUUGUGGCGGCUGCCGCAGCUGAAUCCCGUGGCUAUUUCGGUGAUACGCAAGGAGAGCGAUCAGGUCAGUGGAGUCGGUUCAAUAUUCUCCAAGCUGCACAGCCAGCGACAUGGUCAYCGGGGAACCACACGGUUGCAUCUACUGGACAUGCCUGGGACUUCAACUGGGAUAAGCGGGACCCGUCCCCACUGUUUACAAAUGGGAYGAAGAAGGAGAACACCAGUGAAGACCCAAGCUCAGAGCAGGAGAAUGGCAAACCCAAAGCCACACGCAACAUCCUUUUCAUCAGGCACUCCCAGUACAACCUGAGUGGGAGUGGAGACCAUGAGAGAAUCCUCACCCCUUUAGGUCGGGAGCAGGCUGAGUUUACUGGCCAGCGGUUGGCUGCCCUGGGGCUGAAGUAUGACAUCAUGGUCUACUCCACUAUGGCCAGGGCCACCGAGACGGCCAACAUCAUCAGCAAGUACCUCCCAGGGGUAGAGCUGGUGAGCUGUGAUUUGCUGAGAGAAGGAGCACCCAUCGAACCUGUGCCUCCUGUUAACCACUGGAAGCCUGACGCUGUGAGGUCAGAGGUCAUCUCAAACCCUCGUCUGACACCACCACUGUGGACCUCUACCGCUCUACAGCAGUACCACGAGGACGGGGCCCGGAUCGAGGCUGCCUUCCGCCGCUACAUCCACCGCGCUGACCCCAAGCAGAAGGAGGACAGCUACGAGAUCAUCGUCUGUCAUGCCAAUGUCAUCCGCUAUUUCGUGUGCAGGGCURUGCAGUUUCCCCCAGAGGGCUGGCUGAGGAUGGGCCUGAACAACGGCAGCAUCACCUGGCUCACUGUGCGCCCCAGCGGCAGAGUGGCACUGAGGACACUGGGAGACUCAGGGUUCAUGCCCCCAGACAAACUCACACGGACCUGAGAAAUGUUCCACCUACAGUAUUCACUCGUUCUCRCCCGGAGAGCUUUAGAUCUCGGUCACAGGGUGAACUGAAUGGCUCUUGAUUUCUCCUUAAGUGUCUUGAAAGUUACUUUUGGUGUUAUUUCUGUAGCUUCAACAUGCAAUGAUAUACUUUUAUGUGGUGUUUUAUGAUCAACUCCUGUGCCAUCGUUUGCCAACUACAGUGCAAAAGGGGAGUAUACAGUAUGAACUGUUGCUGUAGCCAAUCACUGAACUCCGAAAGCUGAUGGGAUGACUGCCAGUGCCCACUCAUUAUGAAUGUAAAGGGUAUAAGAGUUGAGGGACUGAAGGAUUUUAAAACCAAAAACAUUCUAAAUUUGUAUGGCAUAUUUACUGUAAUGCUGUAAAUGCUUAUCAUGCUCAGCCCUUUUGUAUUUGGAUCAAGGCUUCCUCUGAGYUUUAGAUAGUUGUUGUAUUAAGUAGAAACAUGCAAUAAAGGAGACAUGGUAAUGUAAA